UGCUAUAUAAACGAUCGAUAUUUAACUGAAAAUAUUUAAGUGUUAACUUUGCUAGGGAACACAAGUAUUUAAAAUAUUUAUAUAAGGGUUUUAGGAGAGAGUUUCAGACAUACAAAACAAUUCGAUUGAAAUUCGCACAGACGGUGAAUACGCUUACCAGCAUUUAAGUUUACAAGUAACAAUGGCCGAAAGUCAAGCAGCACAAGGUAUGGUCGCUCCUCCUGGGUCCUGGGGCUACCCCGCUCCAAACACCGGACAGACGUAUUGUAUGCCGCCAGGUCAGUACCAGGCCCCAAUGAUGCCACCUGGGCAACAAGGAAUGUAUUACCCGCCAGGAGCACAGCCCUAUUACAACCCAUAUGGCCAUAUGAUGCCCCAGAUGCAAGGACCACCAGGAAGUAGUCAAAUGGUGCCGCAGAUGAUAGGGAUACCAGGAAGUGGUCAAAUGAUGCCGCAGAUGCAAGGGGUACCAGGAAGUGGUCAAAUGAUGCCGCAGAUGCAAGGGGUACCAGGUAGUGGUCAAAUGGUACCCCCGAUGAUGCCGGGAGCACCAGGAUACCCUGCGGUUGUCGGGCAGCUAGCAGCUGCUGUAGAUCCAUUCGCUAACUCGGCCGACGCGGCUGUAAAAAGAGGACUUCACAAUGUCAAGGUUUCAAGGUUUGACGCGACCGAGGUUGAGCGGCAGCUGCAGGGCGAAUUGUUCGACAAGUGGCAUGAGUCAUGCGAGGUGGUAAAGGCGACGAAGAUUCAGUUUUCAAGAAUCGAAGGAUACCUGGAUCACCUAAUGGAUGCAUAUGAAGGGAUUACCCCAGAAACAAGAAAGAAGAUGGAUGGCGUGUUGUGGGCGGAAGGGGAAUGGGAAUACAGGUUAAUGGAAUGGAAAUUUAACAAGGGAGAUAACUCUGAAGCCAGGUACGGAAUGAUCGCCUUCGGACGCUCGCCCGACAAACAGUUUGUGGACUGCAUGUAUGUCAUGUACAAAAUGGAUUUCAAGGUCGCACCACAGGUGAUCGUGGAACGUAAAGAUCACUCUAUGUUGUGGGGUCUAAUAACCUGGCAGACAUUGUCACAGCACACCGUGGAGCGAUCUCUGGGUACGAAGGACAUCGAGAGACUGAAGAAUUUCUUCCGUAGUAAAGCCAUGGAAGGCUUCUACAAGGAAGGUGUCAUCGAAAAAAUCAAUUAUGUCACGUCACUGGAAGAUAUCCCAAAAGACGAUAUCAAAUCAUAACGUAUGCAACGUUUAAGGACAUGUAAAGAUUAUUUGAACAUUUGAUUUCUUUAUUCCAAUUCAUUUGUAUUUAAAUUGUGAUCUUUACUCUAAUUGGAAGGUGGCACAUUAGUAUAACAUAGCAAGUAUUUCAUUGUUUUGUUUAAAUUAGAUAAGCUAUUUAUAGUAUCGAAUCGAAUGAAUAUAUAUGCAUUGUACAUAUGGCACCAUAAAAUGUAUUUUCUCAUUCUUUGUAUACUAAUGAAAUUUUAAAUAAUCGAAUGUGUUAUAAAUAUAUGAUGAAAUGAAAGGUAUUUUAAAUGGAGACACACACUUGGACGGGAGAAGAGCAGAUCACAUCGAUAAAUAUAGGUUUAUAAGCGAUACUGAUUUUAAAAUUGACGGCAUUAUCUAAUCAUUCGCCGCUGACAUUUGAUGUCCGCACCAAUAACGCUGUUUCAACAAAAAAUAGUCAUCCGAAUGUUUAUUUUCAAUGGGAACCUAAGAACAAAUGAGACUUUUUACGUAAUGUUUCGUGAGUUGUUCAUAUUCUGGUCCAUAUCGCAAACUGAUUCAAACUCUGACCCUAAUAUUCUAAUGAGAGAAUUUUCCAACUAUUUAAAUUCAAAAGAGUACAAAUAUGUUAAGCACAUUUAAGAACAUGAAAAUAAAGGUUUUAUAUAUUCUGGUCAAAAAGAUGGUUUAACAAAGAUUGUUAAACAAAAUCAACCUAAAAGAGCUUUAUUUACGUAAAAUAUAAAUACAGAUAAACGUUCAUGGGGACAAUUUGUUGUAAUGAAAAAAGUGUGCGUGUAAAUCUAAAGCAAUUAUUGAUGAAAUAUUACCAAGACAAUCUUUUGGUUUCAUUUAUAUGACAAAGUUUACCUACACAAGUGUAAAAUGAAACAAAUACUUUCCAAGCAUAGAAAGAGCCAAGAAAUACACAGAGUAUGAAUAUGAUAAUUUUUGAGAAACAUGUAAAUUUCAUAAAAUAAUUUAAAACUAUUUGACAGUGAAUGGCAACUAUUUUAUGCUAUUGUCUCAUAAACUUAUACUUGAAUCUUUGUGAUUUUUGUAGUUGUAUUUACAAAUUUUUAUUUUAUUACAUGUAUUUUGUAGAUUAUAUUUGAUGUGUUG